AUGGGAGAUGACAUAAUAGAUAUUGAAGCAAUAUAUCCAAAUGUAAUUGAUGCAUUAAUGUUAUUAAAUAAUACUAUUGAAAUUUUAAAAGACAUUAAUAACGAAGAUGUAGGCAUGAAUAAUCUUGUAGAAAGUUCAAUACAAUUUACUUCUUUCAUUCGUACAGCAUCUAAUAAACGGGCAUUUAGUAAAUUAAAAAUUGUGAAGAAUUAUUUAAGAUCUACUACUUUUGCUGGUCGCCAAGAAAAUUCGAUGUUGCUAACUCGAACAAAGAUAUUUUGGAUAGUGUUAACUUACGACUUAAAAACAAUUUUGCAGUCACACGCUCGUGAGAGUAAUAUGAAUAAAUCUCUAGCAGUUUUAACUAGUGGAGGAGACUCACAAGGAAUGAAUGCUGCUAUACGAUCGGUAGUUAGAGUAUCGACGCAGCUGGGUUUGAAUGUGUACAUAGUUAAAGAAGGUUAUUAUGGACUUAUAACAGGUGAAGAUUACAUAGUUAAAGCAAAUUGGUUUGACGUUUCUUCUAUUUUGAGUUUGGGUGGCACUUUUAUUGGAACCAAACGGUGUAUGGAGUUUAUGACUAAAGAAGGAAGAUUGGAAGCGGCCCGUAACUUAAUAUUGCUCGAUAUCUCGAAUUUGAUAGUAAUCGGUGGUGACGGUUCACUGUUUGGUGCCAACAUUUUCCGUAAAGAAUGGUCGAGUUACGUUAAUGAGCUUUUGAAAUGUGGUAACCGGCUUAUAAGCCAAGAAGCUUCAGAGAAGUGUGCUCGCUUAAACUUGGUCGGCAUAGUAGGCUCGAUUGACAACGAUUUCAGUGGCACUGAUAUGACCAUCGGUGCGGACACCGCGCUACACCGAAUAAUUGAAGCGAUUGAUUCCAUCGCAAGCACCGCGUUUUCCCAUCAACGAACGUUCAUAAUGGAAGUCAUGGGCCGCACUUGUGGUUAUCUAGCCAUCAAAAGCGCGUUGAUGUGCGAAGCAGACUACAUGUUCAUCAAAGAAUGGCCACAGAAAUUGGAUUGGCCGGAAAAACUAUGCAAAAACGUGUCAUUGGCAAGAGAAAUGGGUAAAAGGCUGAAUAUUAUAAUUGUUUCAGAAGGAGCUGUGGACGAAAACGGCAAUACGAUUACAUCGGAAAUGGUUAAAAAUAUUUUAGUCGACAGAUUGAAUCAAGAUGCUAGAAUUACUGUUCUAGGACACGUACAAAGAGGCGGAAGCCCUUCGGCGUUCGAUAGAACUUUGGCUACACGUAUGGGUGCUCAUGCCGUUUUGUCAAUAUUAAAAGCCUCGGAUGAAACCAAAGUUAUGUGUUUGAAAUCGAAUGCAAUCGUCGAAUCAUCGUUGGUAGAUUGCGUUCAAGCCACAAUAAAAGUUGCAGAAGCCAUUAAAAAUAAUGAUUUUGAAAAAGCAUUGGAAUAUCGAGGCCCAGGUUUCAAAAAUAAUCUAGAAACCUUCAAAGUAAUGAUUAGUCAAAAAAUCGGUUGUAAUGAAAACGGGAAAAGGACCUUGAUAUUUAAUGUCGGAGGAUCUAGUAACGGAAUAAACGCGCUGACGUAUUCUAUAGUCCGAGCAACAAUAUCGUCAAAUAAUAGAAUUUUCGGUGCAAAAUACGGCGUUGAUGGAGUAAUACAGAACAAAAUUGUCGAACUCAAAUGGACAGACGUCAUAGGUUGGCUAAAUCGAGGCGGCGUUGAGCUAGGAAUAACUAGAACAGUUCCGGAUUCGAAAAUGUUGGCAGAUAUGGCAAAGCAAAUGGGACAUUAUAAGUUCAAUUCGUGCAUAAUUGCCGGAGGAUUGGAUGCUUUAAGGACUGGUCUGCGGAUGUACGAGACUAGGGAGCAAUUUGAAGAGUUUCGAGUGCCUAUAAUAGUAGUUCCAGUCACUUAUAGCAACAAUAUACCGGGAACCGAUUUUUCAUUGGGAACCGAUACGGCAUUAAACCAAGUCGUGAAGUUAUGUGACAUUAUAAGGCAGUCUACAGAAGGCCAUAAGCCACGAGUGUUCGUGGUUGAAGUGCCGGGCGGCAAGUGUGGUUAUUUAACGACUAUGGCGGCGUUAGCGUGUGGUGCAGACAGAUCAUAUAUUCCCGAAGAAAACUUCAACAUCGAAGAUUUAAUGGAAUGUGUAUACAGAAUGGCACGGAAAUUUGCUAUGAAUAAAAUUAAUCGAGGACUUGUGCUAAGAUCUGAAAGUGCCAAUUCAAAUUACACGACAAGUUUCAUAGGAAAGUUGAUGGCCGAAGAAGGAAAAGGUCUGUUUGCCACGAGAGAAUCUAUUUUGGGGAGUAUUGCCAGCGGUGGCGAUCCAAGCCCGUUUGACAGAUCUUUUGCUUUAAAAGAAGGUCAGAAGACGGUAGAAUGGAUAAACAAAAUGCAAGCUCAAUCUUCCCAAUCACAAAUGCUUCAGGAAUCAGCUGUAUUGUUGGGUUUCCAAAAUAACGGUUAUACGUUUACAUCCCUAAUAGAUUUGAAAUCUUCAAUAGACAGUGAACGAUCCGACAGUAAAGUAUGGUGGAUGAAAUACAGAGCGUUGUUAAAAAUGUUGGAGGAUUGCAAAUACUGGAAAACAAUUUAA